GCCAUGAAGAUCGUCGACCGUCUCAAGGAGCGCAAUGGCGCGCCGUUCUACUCCUUCGAGUUCUUCCCUCCCAAGACGCCCUCAGGUGUCUCCAAUCUCUAUGAGAGAGUUGAGCGUCUUGGCAAGUUGGAGCCCCUCUUCGUGGACAUCACCUGGGGUGCUGGAGGGUCCACCAGCGACCUCACCCUCGAGCUCAGCUCCAACUUCCAGAGGCAGUUCAACCUCGAGACCCAGAUGCACUUGACCUGCACCAACGUCACUAAGGAGACUGUGACCCAAGCCCUCCAGCAGGCGCGCGAGGCUGGCAUCCAGAACAUCCUCUGCCUCCGUGGAGAUCCCCCCGCGGGACAGGAGAAGUGGGAAGCGACAGAGGGAGGCUUUGCCAACGCAGUUGACCUCGUCCGAUACGUGAGGCAGCUCCACGGCGACUACUUCGGUAUCUCCGUUGCUGGCUACCCCGAGGGGCACAUCGACUGGUUCAAGGACACGCCUGAGAUCUCGGAGGAGGACUACCGCAGAGAUUUGCAGUACCUCAAGGACAAGGUGGAUGCUGGCGCCGACAUGAUCAUCACCCAGCUCUUCUACGACGUGGACGUCUUCCUCAAGUGGGUCAAGGACUGCCGCGAGAUCGGUAUCAACGUCCCCAUUGUCCCCGGCAUCAUGCCCAUCAACGCCUAUGCUGGCUUCAACCGCAUGACCGGCUUCUGCAAGACCAAGGUGCCCAAGGCGAUCCGCGAUGGCCUCGAGGCGAUCAAGGACAACGAGGACGCGGUCAAGGAGUAUGGCGUGCAGCUGGUGACCGACAUGUGCCGCCGCCUCUUGGACAAUGGCAUCCCCGGCCUCCACAUGUACACGCUCAAUCUUGAGAAGUCGACUGUCGCCAUCCUGAACAACUUGAACUUGUUGAAGAACACCACCAGCCGCCGUGCCCUCCCAUGGAGGCCCAGGAUCGGACAGAAGACCGAGGAUGUCCGCCCCAUCUUCUGGGCCAACCGCCCCCGUUCCUACAACUCCAGGACUAUGCACUGGGACGAGUACCCCAACGGACGCUGGGGAGACAGCCGCUCUCCUGCGUUCGGGGAGCUGACCGACUACCACCUGACCCAGGUCCACACUGUCGACGAGGCUGACCGCAAGGCAGCCUACGGCUCCCAGCUCUCCGGCGUUGCCGACGUCAACGCCCUCUUCGCCAAGUUCCUCAAGGGAGAGAUCAACAGGCUGCCGUGGUGCACUGCCCUCGACGUGGAGACCAAUGCCCUCAAGGAGUCGCUCGCCAAGCUCUGCGACUCCGGCUUCCUCACCAUCAACAGCCAGCCACGCGUCAACGCCGCCUCCUCCACAGACGAGGUCCACGGAUGGGGAGGACCUGGAGGAGUCGUCUACCAGAAGGCUUACAUCGAGAUGUUCUGCUCUCCUGCUCACCUUGCUGCCAUCAAGGCCGCUCUCCCCGAGCACAAGUCCAUCCAGUACAGCGCUGUCAACACCAAGGGACAGUACGAGACUUCGGCCAAGAACAAGGUCAACGCAGUCACCUGGGGUGUCUUCCCCGAUCGCGAGAUCGUUCAGCCCACCGUCGUUGACGAGGAGUCGUUCCUGGUGUGGAAGGACGAGGCGUUCGGACUGUGGCUCUCGCAGUGGAAGAAGCUGUAUGAGGAGGGCUCGAGCUCCGCCAAGGUCGUCCAGGACAUCUACGACCAGUACAUGCUGGUCACGAUCGUCGACAACGACUUCAUCAACGGGAACAUCUUCGCCUUCAUGGACUCGGCUGUUGCCAAGCUCGGGAAGUGAAGGAGCUGAGGAGGAGACAUGGGGAUUCGAUUCUUUACAGGUUUUCUGAGGAUGCGAUCCGUCUAGCCACGUGCAUGUAGAGGAUGAAGGGCGCAGGAAGCUGUUUGUCCUGCCAUGUACCUGCCGUAGGCGCAUUGUAGUUCGAAGAUCACGUUGUUGUAUUAAAGUAAAACAUUCAAGC